GCACUGUCUCUGGUCAAGCUUGGCGCCACGCCGAUUCGCUUUCAGGACUUGCUGUGCUGCAAGGAGAUUCAGGCCUCGAGCUCAUUCAUCGCCAUGGAGGUGCUGCUUUUGUGCCUCGCGAUCCGCAGGAAUAAGCAGCUUCGACGAGUGGAUUUCUCAGAGGUCAGUGCAAACCUCACCGUGGAUACGGUGAAGGACCUUGUUGACAGUUUGCGACAACUCCGGGGCAGCGGCUGCCCAGCACUGGACGAGGUGUGCUUCAAAGGAGUCAACCUUUUUCCACGCGAUAUGGAGGACGGCUCAGGAGAUGUUCUGGACCUAAACGGGCCGAAGGUCGUCAUGGACCGGUCGUUUCUGGCCCCGCUGUUGGUCUUUGUUCUGGAGAAAGGCCGCUUCCUCAAGAGUCUGGACUUCAGAAACAAUGAGUUUGGCCACGAGACAGAGCACAUCAUCGACGCCGUGCUCACCCUGGAAAGGGAAGGUCGCCUUACCACCUACAAUGGCGUGCCGAUCCAUGGUGUAGCAAAGGAAGAGUUUAGCCUGGAGAAGGAGCCGGUGAUGCCACAUGGGAUCUGCGUCUUCGCAUCUACCUAUCUCGCGCGUAGCUCCG